AUGUGGAACCAGGGAGGAUACUCAGACAACACCAUGGGUGGCGGGUACACUCAAUCUCCAGGCGGCUUUGCAUCGCCCUCCAUGUCCCAGGGAGGAGAAAAGAAAGGGAGGACUCGUGCCACACAGAUCAUCCCAUGCACUGUGUCUCAGCUCAUGUCCGCUUCUCAAGCAGACGAAUCCUUCAAAGUCGGGGAUGUCGACGUAGCACAGGUUACCAUUGUGGGCAUCAUUAGAAGCACCGAUAAGUCCAUGACAAACAUCCAGUAUAAAGUGGACGAUACGACGAGUGCGCCUAUGGAUGUGAAGCAGUGGGUGGACACAGAGGAUCCUGGUGUGGACGGUACAGUUUUGCCACCGGGAACAUACGUCAAAGUCUCUGGAAAUCUGCGCUCAUUUCAGAACCACCGAUCCAUCGUAGCGUUCAGUUUGCGGCCCCUGGAGGACAUGAAUGAGAUCACGUCACACAUGCUGGAGGUGGUCCAUGCUCACAUGGCGCUCGCCAAACCCCAAUCCAUGCCGAGCGCAGGGGGAAUGAACAGCAGCAUGGCACCUAUGUCUCGAACAAACAUGGGAACUAUGGGAUCUACAGGGCCCGUGGGAGGCGGAUAUCCAGGAGCUACUAACAUGGUUAACAAUGGUUUGAGUGCAAGUCAGAAUCAGGUAUUAAGUUUGAUAAGAAGCUGCUCUGAUGCACAGGGCAUCAGCAUUCAGGACAUCAAGCAGCGGCUCAGCGGCAUCAGCAUCAAUAUUAUAAAGCAAGCAGUAGAAUUCCUGAGCAACGAGGGGCACAUUUUUUCUACUAUUGAUGAAGACCACUACAAAUCGACAGACAAUGAUGAAUAA